CCACUAACAAUAGCAAUUCCAACCAACACACCGCCGCCACGCUGUUGCCACAACCACUAAAGAUGAAUGACCAUGAACAUGACAUGGUUAUGCCUGGUUUCGCUUUCCACCCUACUGAAGAAGAACUCGUAGAGUUCUACCUUCGCCGUAAGGUUGAGGGCAAACGUUUCACGUUGGAACUCAUUACUUUCUUGGAUCUUUAUCGCUAUGACCCUUGGGAACUUCCUGCUCUGGCAGCAAUUGGAGAGAAAGAAUGGUUCUUCUAUGUGCCAAGAGACAGAAAAUAUCGAAACGGGGACGCGGCCUAAUAGGGUGAAACUACUUUCCGGUACUGGAAAGGCAACAGGCUGACCGGAUGAUCCGUAACGGAGAACGCGAGGUCAAUUGGGUUAAAGAAAACCCUAGUUUCUUACUCUGGUAAAGCUCCUAAAGGAAUUCGAACGAGCUGGAUCAUGAAUGAAUUCUUGCCCCAGCACGAAACUGAACGAUAUCAAAAGCUUGAAAUUUUCGCUUUGUCGGCGUUUACAAGAGAGCAGGGAGUAGAAGAUCACCCAUCUCUCCCUCGCGCACUCCCAUCGAGAGCUUCAUCGUCUAGAGGAACUCAGUCUGAUAAAAACAGCAUCAAAUUUUCUAUAGAAAGAUUUCAAUCGCAGCAAUAGAAAAUGGAGAA